GGCCUGUCUCUCCUUGCAGUCAAACGCUUCCGAGAACCAAAGCAUGAGCGGCGCCCGUGGAGGAUAUGGUUCCUGGACACAUCCAAGCAAGCCAUCGGGAUGCUCUUCAUCCACUUCGCAAACGUGUACCUGGCGGACCUUACCGAGGAGGACCCGUGCUCUCUGUACCUCAUCAACUUCCUGCUGGACGCCACCGUGGGCAUGCUGCUCAUCUACGCGGGCGUGCGCGCUGUCGGUGUCCUGGUGGAGUGGCAGCAGUGGGAGUCCCUGCGGUUCGGCGAGUACGGAGACCCUCUGCAGUGCGGAGCGUGGGCCGGGCAGUGCGCCCUCUACAUCGUCAUCAUGGUCUUUGAGAAAGCUGUCGUCUCCCUUGUCCUCCUGAUACUUCAGUGGAAAAAGGUGUCCCUUCUGAAUCCCAUCGAGAACCCAGACCUGAAGCUGGCCGUGGUCAUGCUCAUUGUGCCCUUCUUCGUCAACGCAUUGAUGUUUUGGGUGGUGGACAACUUCCUCAUGAGGAAGGGGAAGACGAAGGCCAAGCUGGAAGAGAGGGGGGGCAGCCAGGACUCCAGGAACGGAAGCAAGGUCCGCUAUCGCAGGGCCGCAUCCCACGAGGACUCCGAGUCUGAGAUCCUGAUCUCGGCGGAGGACGAGCUGGAGCAGUCGGACAUGGACGAGGACCUCCACAGACUGACGGCUCCAAAGCCCGGGAGGAAGAAGCACCGCUUUGGGCUGCCUGUGUGACCCUCAGCCCCCUGCAGCACACCUGCCCCUCUACCUCCACUCUCCCGCUGCCCCCGCCCGCCCUAGACCACUGUGACUUACCAGGGGCCGGGGCUGCAGGCAGUGGAGGCCCCUUCAGUUGCACUACAAACACUGACCAAAUAUGCAAGUGAGGAGUUUUGUUGUCCCAAACCACCUCGUGGGGAUCCCGAGCCCCUGCCUGCGUGUGUGACCGGCCGGCCUUGUGGGAGAAGGCGCCCGCCCACCCUCCGCCCGACGUGCCCGUCCGCCCAUCCAUCCCCCCGUGCAUCCCCGAGGUGCGGAGAGUGUGAGUGAGGACCACCCGGUGCCCCGACCCCGAUGGCUUUGUAACUUGAUUUCUGAGCAAGCUCCUCCAGCUGCCAACGCUCACGUUUCCGAUUCUGUGUUGAUUCUUACAGGUACCUUUGGGACUAAUGGACACAACCUAGUUUUUAAGUCUUC